AUACGCGUAGUACACUGAGCGGACGAAACGAAUACACUAAUGCUUGAGUGGUCACCGCGCGGUCACCAAUUAUUAUAUUAAUAAGCGUAAACUGAGAUUUGAUCUAAGCAUGAGCGUGGGCAGGCUAAACACGUGCAUGUACUCUGAGCGUUCGAUCAAGAAGGACACGAUCGAUGAUGACGUCGAUCGUGCCGGCAAGCGCGUGGACAAAGCGGGCCCGAGAGGUGCUGCCGCUAUCGGUAACGACGCACCGACGAAAUACUUUCGUUGCCAACUUCGUGGGCUGAGAUAAUUUGGGGAAUUUCGCCAACACUUAUGAUUCCGUCCAGAGCACUACUUUCUAACAUGUUAGGUUCUUCUUCGGAUGCGAAUGUGCAUCCGUCAAAUAAUUAUAGUCUAGGCUCAUUGCAACCUCUUUCUAACAACGCAAUUAAGGACAUGGUCACAACACCGCUUGAGUUUCCAAAAACCGUCGAAGAAUUAAUAUUUCUAAUCAAAUCCACAUUUGCUCAAAGUUUUACUUUAAACUAUACCCAAAAUGAAUUAAAGGCUGUAUAUCGUCGUGAAAGCGAAACAAUAGAAGAGUACGGAUUUCGAGUAAAUGAUAUUCUAGAUCGCGGGGUACAGGCAACAAAAGAAGAUUUAGAUUCGAAGGAAUUUGGGGGAAUUACAAAAUUGUUUAUGACGAGCGCGGUGACCGGAUUUUUAAGGGGAUUACAGAACGAUGCUAUCGCGAGUAUCCUUUCUAAGGGUGAUAUUAAAGAAUUAAGGGAAGUUAUAAAAUUAGCGUCUAGAAUUGAAAAAUAUGUAAACUCUCCACGGAUAUCUAGGAAUGCGAAUACUUCUGAUAUUAAUCCUAGGGUAUUGACAGCAGAAGUACGUAAGAAAACGUGUUUUAGUUGUGGGAAAACAGGUCAUUUUUCUCAGGAAUGCCCUGCGCGACCGGAUCGUCAACACGGGAGGCCAAUUCGCAACGCGCUUAGGUGUCGGAAAUGUGGGAAAUUAGGCCAAACCAAUUUAUCAUGUAGGAGGAGAGAUGUUAACCGUAUUUGGAGAAAAUCGCGAUCACCAGUUUCCUUCAAUUUCUAA